UCUCAAAUGAUUUGGAGUAGCAAAAUAAUUUGGAGUAACUUCAUCAAGAGAGUGAUCUUCCUUUCUCUCACUGGACCUGGAAUUGGAGGGAAUUUCUUUUUGAUUGUGAAGCACAUGCAUGUGUUUGUCAUGGGUCCCAAGAAAAAGGCCACAGAUGUUAUUCUCAUCCACUUGGCUUUUAGUAACAUAAUGACAUUUUGUGCCAGAGUAAUCCCAGAUAUAUUAUCAGCUUUUUGUCCCAGUAGCUUCCUGGGUGACAUUGGUUGCAAAACUGUGAUUUACCUGAACAGGGUGGCUCGGAGCCUCUCCAUCUGCACCACUUGCCUCCUCAGCAUAGUCCAGGCCAUCACCAUCAGUCCCAGGACCACCUGCUGGAGAAAGCUCAAACCACACAGUGCCUGGCAGCUUCUUCCCUACCUCCUCCUCUUCUGGGUCGUUAGUCUUCUCAUAAGCUCUAACCUGCUCCACUACAUCACAGCAGUCAACAACAUGAACGGGUCUGGAGUUAGAAUGCAUUUUGGGUAUUGCUACAUGCUGCCAGCUGGGCGAAUAGUCAGGUGGCUUUUCCUCUCCCUCAUGGCCCUUCGGGACCUCACCUUUCAGAGUGUCAUGGGCUGGAGCAGUGGGCACAUGGCUCUCCAUCUGUACAAACAUCACAAGCGCGUCCUCUACCUCCAGAGCUCCAGGACUGCAAAACAUCGUAGCCCUGAGGUCCGAGCUACUCAGAGCACUCUGGUUCUCAUGACCUGUUUCCUCUUCUCCUAUUGGACAGAUUUUAUUUUCUCUUUCUACUUAGGGUCGACCUUGACCGGGGAUUCUACCAUGUUACAUAUUAAAAUACUUCUAGAACUCAGUUAUGCCAGUGUCAGUCCCUUCGUCCUGAUUAGCAGAGAUGUCCACCUGGUUAACCGCUGGCACAUUCACUGA